AUAAAAUUUUGUAAUAUUCUUAUAGAAAAAAUUUAAAAAAAUCUUGAGGAUAAAAAGGAUGAGUUUUUCUCAAAUUUGUGAUGAGUAUAUUUUAACCCUUAGCUGGCACAUUCUACCAUAAUCACAUAGCUGGCAUACUAGCUGUUUGAGACCCCAACCACUAAAAUGCUUGCUGCGUGGAAGCUAUUAAUUUUUUCACUUGAAAAAAUUCCAAAAUAGUUUUCAAAUAUCGACUUAAAAGAUGUCAUAGGUUAUUUUAAUAAGAUGUAAUAUUGAAUAUGAAAAAAAUUCGAGAACGUAAACAAAAACGAAUAAAUGACUAUUUUUACUAAAACGCUGGGGCUUUUGGUACCCCAGAGUGUCAGCUAAGGGUUAAAACUAUAUGUGUGUGUCCUUCGUUAAAGAUAAUCGUUACUUAAAAGCAGAAAAAUAAACCGUGUAAUUGCUCUUGUUAGCAGUAGGAUGAUAUUUUUCUAUGUGUGCAGACAGACAUUCGCGUUAUUUGGAAAUUUUCUCAUACUCUUUGCGAAAGUUGGUGAGCGAUCGAAUAUUCAUUCGGGUCUCACAGAUCCAAUAUUGUGCACGGAGGGUUGAAUAUUAAUUGUUUUUCGUGAGACAGUUUGUUACCAUCGUUGACAGUCUCGCCCGGUCUCGACGCGCCCUUUGACGGUCGCGAUCGAAGUUCCAUUACGAAUACAAAGUUUGUUCAUAGUUUCCACUUCGCAGUCUCCUUUUUUCUUUUUUGUAGCCUAUUAUACAGGACAGAGCCACGAUUUUUUAGACUCACGGUCCCAAUCCGCGACAAACUUCGGCCUCGUUGCAUUCUCAUGAGGUCGAGGUUUAUUUUCAGAACACACUGUCGUUACGCACUCGGGCGUGUCUCAGGCAUGUCUGUAAAUAAUUAAAUUUUCACUCCAAUGGGAAGAUAAGCGGUUUUACGAUCGAUUUAUUGGCGCACAGCCGCGCGUGCGAUAACAAAUAAUUUAUGGGCAGAAUCGACCAUCAUUUCUACCGUGACGAUUUUGCGCAACGAACUCGGCUGUGCUAAUGACUCAUUUUAUGUGUAAUUUUGGAUUUCGAAAGUUUUGGCUUUUGUCGGUGCGAUUCACGUCGUUCGACAAAACGAAAUCGAAAACGUGAAAUUUCAGCGAAAGCGAUGUCAGUCGACGAGUAAUGCGGAGGAAUUUUAUUAAUACAGAGCUUCGGCUAAUUAUUGUGAAUAAUUCGUUGUAUCGAGGAAUCCAAUAUUUAGUAAAGGCGCUUUGAAGCACGAGUGAGCACGUGUCGAAGCUAUAGCUCAUAUUUGUCAAUAAUGACAACAACACAUUGUCGAUGUAGGUCAGCGUAUCAUUGUGAUUAUUGGGACUUAGGUUUAAAGAAAGUUGAUAUCGAUUUUCGGCAGUCUGUAUGUACAGACAACAAGCUUGUUCGAAACUGGUUUUACGUGAACUUCGUUAUUGCGGAGCGGAUUAUUUAAAACGUGUCUAUACAUUAAGAGAAUAAUUAAGUGCCUAUUUAAGACGUAUAUGUACAACGACGAAAUUAUAUAUUAACGAAGUUUUAAUGUUUGAUGACGAAAAGUUUUAAUGUAUUCAAGAAUUUGAGUUAUCUUGUUGAAUUUAUUGGAUGGAGCUACAAAUUAUUUCCGACAACGACAUCAAUUGAUAAAGAAAGGGAGAAAGAAAGAGAGAAAGAGAGAAAAAAAGAAAGAGCGAAGAAGACAAGUCGAAAAAAGAAAUGUGUCUGUCGAAAAAGUACUCAUGCAUCACACAUUAUCAAAAGAUGUUUCGAAGACGUCUUUUUAUUUCAAUAUUCUGUAUAAGUGCCUGUGAAAGGAAGUCUUUUAUAUUCCUGAGGAAGGAACUGCCGGUGAGGCUCGCCAACAUUAUGAAGGAGAUUCACUUACUACCAGACAAUUUGCUGAAGAUGCCUAGUGUGGGUAUCGUGAAUAAUUUAUAUGCCACAUCUUUUGAGGAGAUUAUACACUUUGAGAAGGUUGAGAUUAAUCACAAUAAUUUGUAUAAAUUUUGUCAGGCUUUAAUAAAGAUUCGGAACAGACACACCGACGUUGUCCAAACGAUGGCACAAGGCGUCCUGGAGCUGAAGGAAUCCCACGACGUGGACGUUCAGACCGAGAACAGCAUUCAGUAUUUUCUCGAUAGAUUUUUCAUGUCGCGUAUUUCCAUUCGUAUGCUGAUCAAUCAGCACACGCUUCUUUUCGGUGGACUAAAUGGGCACAAUAGACACGUGGGAUGUAUAGACCCGUCGUGUGACGUGAUAGGCGUCAUUAAGGACGCUUAUGAGAACGCACGGUUUUUAUGCGAUCAAUAUUAUAUGGCUAGCCCGGAACUUAUAAUCAAGCAACAUAAUGAACUUGAACGCAGUAGCGAAAUUAGGAUCAUUUACGUGCCGAGCCAUUUGUACCAUAUGUUAUUCGAGCUCUUCAAGAAUAGUAUGCGAGCUGUGAUGGAACACCAUGGGGAGGGUUCGGACAAUUAUCCACCGGUGGAAGUCAUGUUAGUGCGUGGUAAAGAAGAUAUUUGUGUGAAGAUAUCCGACAGGGGUGGUGGUAUACCCCGUUCAGAAACGGACCAUUUAUUUAAAUAUAUGUAUAGUACCGCUCCGCAACCGAGCAGGUCGGACGCGCAUACAGUGCCGCUUGCAGGAUACGGUUACGGCCUCCCAUUAUCGAGGUUGUAUGCCAGAUAUCUGCAUGGCGAUAUCGUUCUGCUCAGCUGCGAGGGCUACGGGACAGAUGCUAUUAUUUAUCUGAAGGCCUUGUCUACUGAGGCAAACGAGUUGUUGCCAAUAUUCAACAAGACUUCAUCGAAAUUCUACCGUACCCCGGUGCCUACUGCGGACUGGAGCAGUCAGUGUGGCGGUGGAAUGGCCACGAGGCAACUUAGUGUAAGUCAUGUUCAAAAUCACAGACUCCCUCACGGGAUGCAAGGCAGUCAUAGCUAGCAAAGCGCGAUCGAUGUGGGUCAGGAAACGAUGGAGAAACUGGGGAAAAUCUUCUGACUUCGUGAUCGCAAGAAACGAUGUAAAAAUCUCCUCGUAACAAUUCACGGGGAAAAAUAGAUUUAUACACCAAGCGAAUACGAAUAUCGAAGGAUUCCUCUACAGAUCAGAGACAAUUAGCUGUUAAACGAAUGGAAUACUAUAUCGGCCAAACAUAAAUUUGAUAUUCUUGUUUGUGCCGUAACUACAUUACAUAUCAAAUCAGUUAUACAGAUUUGAUAAUUUAGAUUUUUUAUUUCUGUUAUAUACUAUGUAUACGUAUACAUAUAUAUGUAUACAUAUAUAUAUAUAUAUAUAUAUAUAUAUAUAUAUAUAUAUAUAUAUAUAUAUAUAUAUAUAUAUAUAUAUAUGUAUGUAUAUGUAUGUAUAUAAUUGUGUUAUACAUUAUGUGCAUAUGCACAAUAAUAUAUAUACAUAUUAUUUGUUUACAUUUAUGUAUAUGUAUAUAAAGCGGAAAUUUAUAGGAUAAACAUCUGGCACAAGCAUAGGACAUCAAAUUAUACAUGUGAUUUUAAUCUCUUUUGGGACUAGACUUUAAAGCAACAUAAAUAUGACAUCUGCCAAUCAUAAUCAUAUGAUGAGAUUUCAUUUUCUUGUUGCAGAAUUGUAUGAAAUAAUUUUUGUUUUUGUUAACAAUAAAUUAAAAAAAGGCUAAACAUAUGCAUCAAUAUCCCUGAAGAGAUUAAUAACAAUAUCACGGGUUUUACAAUCAAUUCCAAGGAAAAAGGAGAAAAGGAAGGUUUUGUGAAAAAUCUUGAUGAUAUUAAUAACAAUUUGUUAUAUAAUGAAACAUCUAAAUGAGCGUAAAAAAUUGGACUAUGACUGUGUUUGUAAUAUUAAGACUAUAUUAAAAAUAUUAAUAUUAUGACUUAAUAUUAAGACUUAAUAUUAAGAUUUAAUAUUAAGACUUAUAUUAAGAUUAAUAUUAAUAUUGUAUAUCUGAGUGCGCAUUUGGUCUUCUUUCAAAAAUUAUAUUGUAAAUCGCAUCAGCAUUUUUUUAUGAAAAAUUACUUUAGGAAAGAUUUUUCAUUAUAUUGAGAAAUAACAAUGAGAUGUUUGACGAAGCAUUUUAGAUCAUUAAUAGAACAGGAACCUUAGAUUAUGUUCUAGAUCUAUCCAAAAAAAAGUUUUCAAAUGUGACCACAUUAGAAAAUUUUGUUGUACAUUUGACUAUACAAUUAUCCAUCUGUAUAGUUGAAUUUGAACUUGCAAAAAAACUUUAAAUAUUAAAAAUUUUUAUAUGAAUAUAA